GACGAGAACCAAGGCGUGUGGGGACGCAGGGCCUCUGUGUGUCAGGGAGCAGAACCUGGGCCGAGCCCUAGGUGAAGGGGCGGGGUGGUUGGCCCUGAACCAAUCAUGGCUCGUGACGACACGGCUCGGCCAAUCAGAACAAGGGAGGCCUGGGGCACUCGGGGCGGUGAGGAACCGCCCCCUUCCAGCUCCGCGGCCAACGCCUUCGCCCAGGGGUAGUUGGAGCGGUGCAGGUUCCCAGACUCCAGGUACUGGGUGCCUUACGACCUGGGAGGUGCUGCCUCCCACCCAGCUAAUUGCUCUCUAGCCCUUGGCCUUCACAGGCGUUGAUGCCUGCCGUGAACGCAUUCUGACCUGUGCUGUAUCUCUCUCCCAAGACUUUGUGCCUAUGGCUGGGGACAGAGUGAGGUCGUUGCCUUGACGACGACAGCAUGCGGCCCGAGGUCCUCCUAAGUGUGAGCUUGCGGCGGACGGAGGCCCACCUGCCUCCCUGCCUGCUUCGCCCUGGACUCGUGACUGCGUCCGCAGAAGAAAUCACAACAGCGCUGGAAUUGCUAGUUUGCUAGGCAGCAUCUUUUGGACCUGCGAGCGAUAUGCAUUUCACCCCAAAUUUGUUUCCAAGUUGAAAACCUUUGGGUCUUUCUAUGCGAACGGAUUGAAGAAACGCAAAAAGUGUCUACUGACUUUAAGUUAAAAUGGAAAAAUAUGAAAACCUGGGAUUGGUUGGAGAAGGGAGUUAUGGAAUGGUGAUGAAGUGUAGGAAUAAAGAUACUGGAAGAAUUGUGGCCAUAAAGAAGUUCUUAGAAAGUGACGAUGACAAAAUGGUUAAAAAGAUUGCAAUGCGAGAAAUCAAGUUACUAAAGCAACUGAGGCAUGAAAACUUGGUGAAUCUCUUGGAAGUGUGUAAGAAAAAAAAACGAUGGUACCUAGUCUUUGAAUUUGUUGACCACACAAUUCUUGACGACUUGGAGCUCUUUCCAAAUGGACUAGACUACCAAGUAGUUCAAAAGUAUUUGUUUCAGAUUAUUAAUGGAAUUGGAUUUUGUCACAGUCACAAUAUCAUACACAGAGAUAUAAAGCCAGAGAAUAUAUUAGUCUCCCAGUCUGGCGUUGUCAAGCUAUGUGAUUUUGGAUUUGCGCGAACAUUGGCAGCUCCUGGGGAGGUUUAUACUGAUUAUGUGGCAACCCGAUGGUACAGAGCUCCAGAACUAUUGGUUGGUGACGUCAAGUAUGGCAAGGCUGUUGAUGUGUGGGCCAUUGGUUGUCUGGUAACUGAAAUGUUCAUGGGGGAACCCCUAUUUCCUGGAGAUUCUGAUAUUGAUCAGCUAUAUCAUAUUAUGAUGUGUUUAGGUAAUCUAAUUCCAAGACAUCAGGAGCUUUUUUAUAAAAAUCCCGUGUUUGCUGGAGUAAGGUUGCCUGAAAUCAAGGAAAGAGAACCUCUUGAAAGACGCUAUCCUAAGCUCUCUGAAGUGGUGAUAGAUUUAGCAAAGAAAUGCUUACAUAUUGACCCUGACAAAAGACCCUUCUGUUCUGAGCUCCUACACCAUGAUUUCUUUCAAAUGGAUGGAUUUGCUGAGAGGUUUUCCCAAGAACUACAGUUAAAAGUACAGAAAGAUGCCAGAAAUAUUUCUUUAUCUAAAAAAUCCCAAAACAGAAAGAAGGAAAAAGAAAAAGAUGAUUCCUUAGGUGAAGAAAGAAAAACACUUGUGGUACAGGAUACCAAUGCUGAUCCCAAAAUUAAGGAUUGUAAACUAUUUAAAAUAAAACACUCAAAAAUUGAUGGAGAAAAAGCUGAAAAAGGCAAUAGAGCUUCAAAUGCCAGCUGUCUCCAUGAUAGUAGGACAAGCCACAUCAAAAUAGUGCCUUCAACAAGCCUCAAAGACUGCAGCAAUGUCAGUGUGGACCACACAAGGAAUCCAGGCGUGGCAAUUCCCCCGCUUAUGCACAAUCUUUCUGCAGUUGCUCCCGGUAUUAAUUCUGGAAUGGGAACUGCAACUCUACCAAUUCAGAGUUACAGAGUGGAUGAGAAAACUAAGAAGUGUUCUAUUCCAUUUGUUAAACCGAACAGACAUUCCCCAUCAGGCAUUUAUAACAUUAAUGUGACCACAUUAGUAUCAGGACCUCCCCUGUCAGAUGAUUCAGGGGCUGAUUUGCCUCAAAUGGAACACCAGCACUGAGAACCAUUUUGGUUCUGAACUGGAUGCUGCUCUUGCACUUGAGAUGACAUCUUCUUGCAGCAAGAGUGCUGAUAUCCCAAGAGGAGAGAUUCCUGGUUUUGAUCAUUUCCUUCUGAACUGCCUGCAUUUUCUAAGGAAGGCCUUCUAGAAGAAGGAAAGACAAAGACUUCCACAUGUUUCAAAGGAAGGUUGAACAAAUGGCUCUCCUCAAAUGUUAUCCCAUUACCUUUCACGUCCACCGAUGCUAUUUCAAGAUAUAUCCAGUGGAAGAACAGUGAUACGGUUCUUGUUACAUGAAUGUGUAUUUACUUUUAGAAGAUUGUAUAUUUUAAGUUACCCAUGAUUAAAAGUGAGUAAAAAAGGGGGACAGAGAGAAAUAUUAUAAAAGGCCAUGUUACUCAUGCAUUGAACUUUGUGUGUUUUCUGUAUAAAUGUGUACAUUUAUUUAGGAGUGGGUUUGGUGGGGGUAGGUGAUAAUCAUUAGGAUCAGUUGAAGAAAACUGAAGAAACUAGGAUCAGUAAGAGAAACUGUUUGCUUUGCCCGAAUUUAACUAUGAAAACACACUUAAAAAUCUUACAUGUUUCUAGAUAUUAAGGGAAUAUGUAACUCCUGUCCAUGGGUAGACGUGUAUCUUUGGUUUCUGUACUUAUUGUUGAUGUUCUAUCAGUAUAUUAUGAGACUCUGACCUCUCUGCUGAUCUUCUAAGAACCACACUAAUGCAAGCUUGACAGAGAAACCUCUUUCGAAUGACUUACUACCACUCUGGCAUUGGCUAGUUCUCUGUAUUAUAAGAUUCUGGUGCUAAUGUUCCAUACGGAAUUGAUCAGGACUGAUUACUCUUCUGUGAACCAAUUGCUAUUGAACCGCCCAGCUGAAGAGGCUUUGGGGAGAGAAUGUUCAUGAUUAUGGACUCCACUUUUGUCCCCUGGUAGUUUAUGGGUGAUACUAGAAUCCAGAGAAGUUCCUGUCUCCUUGUGACCUCAAACACUUAGGCCUUCUCAAAAACUUUCCACCAAGGUGCAAAAUCAUUUACCUACAUUCCACACAUCUUUUCCAAUGCAUGGAUCCAGAACUUUUUAGGUGGGAGGAAUAAACCAAGUUGGCUACAGGUUCUUGAUUUCUGGGUUUCUAGCCAUGCUCUGCUUUAUCAUUUUAGAGAAUGGUUGUUUAAGGAACCAGAAUUUGUGUGAGUUUUUUUUUUUUUUGCCUUAACCAGUUAAUAGUGUGUUGCUUUUUUCCCAAAGCCAUUGACUAGAACUUAGCUGAAGAAUUUAACUAGGACUUUUCUUUUUUACUCUGAGGAGCUUAAUAUUGAAAUUCUGACCUUGGAUAUUUAAGCCUCAAAAGAGUAGGAUAUUCAAGAGGAGGCAAAUAAGGGGUUUCAACGUACAAGUCUAUUUGGUGGUUAAAUUAAAAUUUGGUCUUAAUUUAAAAGCUCUACUUUUAAUCUGUGACCAGGUGUUUGACUACAUUAGUAUGGCUAACAUGCUGAAAAAACUAGGGUAUCGGCAUUAAUAGGCUUCAUAUUAAAAUGCUACUAUUUUAUUUUUACUUUGAAAAACACUGCCAGUAGAUUCUGCAGCAUGGCCAGCAGGUAAUACUUAAAGCCAAAUGGCGCUUCGGCUUAUUUCAAUACUAUUUUUAUGUAAAGAUCAGUGUGAACAUAUCAGCUCAAUGGUUGAGGUUCUAGGAUCAAUUACCUUACAGUUUUUAUACUAGCUUUUGAUAUCUUUUGCCUAUUAAAACACCUUGUGAACUUUAGAAUUAAGGAACUAAAAAUUAUUUACUAUAAGUCCAAGUUACGACUUGAGGAUCGUAUCUAAUUAGAACUGCGGCAGAACUACUAGAAAAAGAAGAUUCUGCAAAUUGGUUUCAGUGAUUCUUGAUGUAAUCAUAAUCAUCAACAAUAAUAGAUAUUGAAUCAAAGUCAUCCUUUUUUUAAGUUUAAGGUUAUUUAGUUUCUCUUGCAAGGAUAUGAUUUAGUCACAUACUAUAGGGAAUAUGUGUAUGUACUGUUGGGGAGCAGUGGGCUUGCUGUGUGUAUGUAUGUUUUAAAAUUAAUAAAUAUUAUCUUACUGGGCUCCAUAGAUGGUUUUAGUUUAGAUUUAUUUAUUUAAGAGGCUAUAAAUAAUAUAUACACUACUGUAUGGUAUUUAACAAAUAAGUUUGAAAUCUGUUAAUUCUUCUUGAAAACUUUGGAUGUAGGGGUGACAAGCUAAUUUUCUUGUAUAACUGGUGAUAUAAGCAGCAUGGUCAUAAAACAACAUUUCUUGUGAAGACUAACUGGUAAAAGUUGUGACAGAACCUGGUUUUCCUGACCGAGAAUCCCUUGCUUGCUUAGAAUAUCUGACUUCCCAUUGAAAUGGAACAUAGAAAAUGUGUUUCUUAUGUGACUCUCAUUAUUGGUUCCUUUAUCUUAGUUGUGCUAAAAUAUAAGGCUGGACUUGUAAUACACUAUGUAUCAGACUAGAUUGAAAAAUGUGAUCCAUUUGUUUUCUAAGCCCUCCUCUAUAUAAUUGAACCACUGUCAGGGGAUUAGAGAAGAAACAGAGCACUGCUCCUAAGACUUUAGGCUAGUCUUAGUGAAAUGGACUAAAUGGAUUUUUCUCUGUUGUUUUUUGCAUUAAGUGUUUUUGCACUAGAAGAGGGUGCUUAACACUCCUCUAUAUGAAUAAAAAAUUUUGUUCUCACA